AUGAAAAAGGAGUUGCAGAAAUACACCACGAAAAGAUUUGUUUUUAGCAAACAGGAUAUCGAGCGGAUCAGGAACCAGUCCAACCAAUCAGAGCAUCACCGCCGUCCAUCUCGAGUGGAGGCGCUGUCGGCGUUCGUAUGGGCGGCACUGAUAAGAGCAACUCUACCGGUGAACCCAAACCUCAAGACGCACUGGCUCUCACAUAUUGUGAACUUUCGAAAGAAGUUGAACCCGCCUUUACCUUCAAAGUGCCUAGGCAACAUCCUCAACGAGACUGACACCGUGUGGGAAGUAGACAGGGGCGAACUGGUUACUGGCCGGUCGCUUGUAAGAAGAGUAGUGGAAGUCAUGGACAAGUUUACAAGCGACUACGUGAGGGAAAUGCAAGCGGAGGGAGGGUUUCUCAAAUCCAUAAGAGCCCGACGAUCAAAGAUAAGUGAUUACAAUGAAGGUGAGAUUAAAGUUUUAAGUAUAAGUAGUUUGUGUAAAUUUCCCUUUGGUGAAAUUGAUUUUGGGUGGGGGAAGCCCGUAUGGAUUGACAUUCCUCAAACAUUCUUGGACCUUGCUCUUUUCGUGGAUACCGAAGAUGGGGGAGUAGAAGUGUGGAUUGGAUUGGAACAUGAAGUUAUGUGCAAUUUAGACAAGGAAACGGAAUUUCAAUCAUAUGUGUCGUCUGCCCAUGUCCUUUAUGAAUCGUCUUGUUGUCCAAGAAUUGCCCUUUAA